GCGGGGCGCGCGCGGUCUCCUGGCAACGCGGGAUGGCGGCGGGCGAGCGGCAGUGCCGCGACUACCUGGAGCGGCACCGCAUCCCCGAGCUGCUCCACCGCCUCGGCGCGCUGCUGCUCUACCACCGACCCGAAAGACCACGCGAGUUCCUGAUCCAGGCGCUGGAAAGGGUGAAGGCUGGAAAGCGGGCCGAGGGGGAGUACCCCUACCUCAUGGACGAGGCCAACCUGGCCGCCAUGUUCCAGCUGCUGGACGUUGUGGGGCAAGGCCACAUCACGGCAGCGCAGUACAGGGAAGCUCUUAAAACUUUGGGACUGAGCACUGAAGAUCUGCAGUUUGGAGAGGAUGCGAAUAUCACACUGGAUGUAUUCAAGGAAGAAGUGAAGAAAAAGAUGCUGGAGAGCUGGGCUGCGUAUUAGUUUGAGCAGUGGUCUGCUAUAUAUAUUCAAAAUAGGCAUCUUGCUCAAUUCUUCUGGUUUGUCAACUGAUUUUUAGCAGUACUCUCUUUUUCUCACCUCCAACACCCCCCAACCCCCCCGCCCCUGUUUGAACAAGGAUAGGAUAUCCUGAAAAGGAUAAAUGACAAAAACUUGUUCAUGUUUACCCGGCCCUGGAGGGGGAUAUUUUGAGAAUUGCUUUUCUUAAUACAAUUAGGUGGUUAAAAAAAACAACCCUAGAGAUCUCUUUUACACAACUAAAAUAGCAUUUUCAAGUUUCCUCCUACAGUUUGUAGCUUACAGUAAGGGGCUGUUACUUGUUGGCUCAUUACCAUUGAAUAAAAUUAACUUUAUGAGUUGAGCUGUUUCUUAAGUUGUUUUUUGAGCUUGUGUUGUGGUGGUUUUUUUUUUAAGGACCAAUUUCAGCAAGUUAUGACAACUGCCCACAGUUAAAGAAAGGUGGCACUUCCAAGUAAAAUGCCAUUUUCAAACUUACAACACAG